AUGGCGUUGAGAUGGGUGGUGGCUCGAUCCGUAUACACAAUUCGGAAGGAACAGGCUCGAGUUCUGGAAAUCCUUGGAGAAGAAACGCAAGAAAUGAAUCAUCUCCUCGAGGCUUUGUCACAUGGCGCUCCACCACACGGAGGAUUCGCAUUGGGAUUGGACCGCUACGUGGCACUGCUAGUAGGCGAAGGAGAUCCUUCUGUGCCUGUGAUCGCAUUUCCGAAGUCAAAAGAUGGUCGCGAUUUGUUAUGCAAGGCACCAACGAGUCCUAGCCGUGACCAGCUUGAAAGAUAUGGUAUUUCCUUUAAAGAAGAUCUCAAUGAUAACAAAUCGGUUAGAAAAUGCUGA